GAGGAUCCGGAGCCUGAGGAGCAAGAGUUGUCGCAGGCUGUUGGACUGGAAAUGUUGAGUGACGAGGAAGGAGACGAACCUGCGGCUUCCGAUGAUGGUGGGGUGGACGAGUUUCCGGAAAUUGAUGCUGGGAGCGACAGCGACGACCCUGAGGAAGAAUACGAUGAAGGGGAAGGCGAGAAGGAGAGUGAGGACGAGGAGGAAGUUGACGAGGAAGAGGAAGAAGAAUCAGGCUCAGACGACGAUAUUCACCCUUUCCCCAGGCCCAAAACCGUCAUCUCCGACAUCACCAAACAACCCAAACGCGUAUAUCCAGAGAUUGAGCCCGACUAUGACUCCGACUCUUCCACCGAGGAUGACCCGAACCGCAUUGGCAAUGUUCCUCUACAUUGGUACGAUGAUAUGCCCCACAUAGGGUAUGAUAUGAACGGCAAGAAGAUAUUCAGACCCGCGAGAGGUGAUGAACUGGACAAAUUCCUGGAGACCGUCGAGGAUCCCAAGUCCUGGAUGUCUGCCUUUGACAAGUCCUUGCAGAUGGACAAGCCGCUCACUGCUGAGGAGCUGGAUAUAAUCCGUCGGCUGCAAGCCGGAGAAGUGCCUGAUGCUAGUUACGACCCGUAUGAACCGACGGUGGAAUGGUUCACUAGCAAGCAAGAGCAGAUGCCCUUGUCUGCUGCUCCCGAGCCCAAACGACGUUGGGUACCCAGUAAAUGGGAGAAGAAAAAGGUAAUGAAAAUAGUGCGUGCCAUCCGGCAAGGCCGUAUCGUCCCCUCCAAACCAAAAUCCACCCAACCUCAAUUCUACUCAAUAUGGAACGAGCCCGCCGAUUCCCAACACCCCGCCCCCCUCCCAGCGCCAAAACCCCCGCUUCCCACCAACGCCGAAUCCUACAACCCGCCCGAAGAGUACCUCCCCACGGAGGAAGAGCGCAAAGAAUGGGAGGCGCAGGACAAGGAAGACCGCGAGCGCAACUUCCUCCCGCAGAAGUACAGCGCGCUGCGGCUCGUGCCCGCGUACGACCAGUUCAUCCAGGAGCGCUUCAGCCGGCAGCUCGACCUGUACCUCGCGCCGCGCGUGCAGCGCGCGAAGCUGCAGCUCGACCCGGACAGCCUCGUCCCGAAGCUGCCGAGCCCGAGCAGCCUCAGGCCGUUCCCGAGCUACCGCGCGCUGAGCUUCGCGCAUGCGAACGGCCGCGCGCGAUGCGUGAGCGUGAGCCCGGAUGGCGCGUGGGCGGUGAGCGGCGACGAGGGCGGGGUGGUUAGUCUGUGGGAGGUGCUGGUGGGAAGGGAGGUCAAGAGGUGGACGUUUGGCGCAAAGGUGGGGUCGGUGGAGUGGUGUCCCCGAACGGAUGUCAAUUUCUUUGUUGUUGGCGUCGAGGAUCACUUGCAUUUUGUCGUGCCCCCGAAUUUGCCGCCCAGUGUGUUUGCAGCCACCCAGUCGCUGCUCGCUCCUGCCACACUACCGCCCGCUCCAGCCACUCCGUCUCCUGUCAAAUGGGUGUCGUCUUCGACUUCGUCUUUGGACGAGCCGAUCCUGACAAUACACUUACCAACCCUUUCUGGGCUGCCCGGGCAAUUAACAUGGCACCGCCGAGGCGACUAUCUCGCAUCAGUCUCUAACAGGGAAGGCCAAGGGAGUGUCUGGAUACAUCAACUUUCCCGGCGCCACUCGCAAGCGCCGUUCAAGAAGGUCAAAGGGUCCAUUCAGAUGGUGCUCUUCCAUCCCACUCGGCCGGACUUCUUUGUCGCCACGCAGCGCUAUGUGCGGGUGUACAACCUCGCCGAGCAGAAGCUGCUGAAGACGCUCAUGCCGGGCAUCAAGUGGAUCUCGUCGAUGGACGUGCACCCGUCGGGCGAGCACCUGAUCGUGGGCGGGUACGACCGGAAACUGUGCUGGUUCGAUCUCGAGCUGAGCGAUAAGCCGUACAAGAACCUCCGGUACCACACGAAGGCCAUCCGGAGCCUGCACUUCCACCCCACGUACCCGCUGUUUGCGUCGUCGUCGGACGACGGGACGAUCCAGGUGUUCCAUGCACGGGUGUACAACGACUUGAUGACGGACCCGCUGAUUGUGCCGCUGAAGAUAUUGAGGGGGCAUGAUAUCAAGGACGGGCUGGGGGUGCUGCAGGUGCGGUGGUGCCGGGGACAGCCGUGGCUCGUGAGCGCCGGGGCGGAUGGCAAGGUCGCGGUAUGGUGUAGUUAG